CGCGCGGCGCCUUUAAGGGCUGGCCUACGUGGCAGCAGUAUCCGAGCGGCGGCGCGGCCCGGCCCGGCGUUCCCUCGCUCUUCUUCCCGCCCGCCCUUCCUGCGGCCGUCUGUGAGAGUGAGGCCGGGCCCCAGGCGCGUAGCAGCCGGCAGCACCUGCAUCCCGCCGCCAUGGAUCAGAACGACAUCAUGAGCACCGCCGAGGACUUCGCGGAUCAGUUCCUGCGGGUGACGAAGCAGUACCUUCCGCAUGUGGCCCGCCUGUGCCUGAUCAGCACCUUCCUGGAGGAUGGCAUCCGCAUGUGGUUCCAGUGGAGUGAACAGAGGGAUUACAUUGAUGGCACGUGGAACUGUGGCUAUUUCCUGGCCUCCAUCUUUGUGUUCAUAAAUCUCUUCGGACAGCUGAGCGGCUGUAUCCUGGUGCUGAGUAGGAACUUUGUGCAAUAUGCCUGCUUUGGACUGUUUGGAAUUAUAGCAUUACAGACUAUUGCAUACAGCAUUCUAUGGGACCUGAAGUUCUUGAUGAGGAACCUUGCCCUUGGGGGAGGCCUGCUGCUGCUUUUGGCUGAGUCACGCUCAGAGGGGAAGAGCAUGUUUGCUGGUGUCCCUACCAUGCGGGAGAGCUCUCCUAGGCAGUACAUGCAGCUGGGGGGCCGUGUGCUGCUGGUCCUCAUGUUCAUGACACUGCUACAUUUUGAUAUGAACUUCUUUUCUAUUCUGCAGAACAUUGUGGGCACGGCCCUGAUUAUCUUGGUGGCAAUUGGCUUCAAGACAAAGCUGGCUGCCUUGACUCUAGUCAUCUGGCUGUUUGGCAUCAACAUCUACUUCAAUGCCUUCUGGACCGUCCCAGCCUACAAGCCCAUGCAUGACUUCCUCAAAUAUGAUUUCUUCCAGACCAUGUCUGUAAUCGGGGGGCUGCUUCUCGUGGUUGCACUGGGCCCUGGUGGAGUCUCCAUGGAUGAGAAGAAAAAAGAAUGGUAACAGGAAUAGCAACACUUCUUGGGACAUAUAACAUAUUAAGUCCAGAACUGAUUCUCUAUGGAUUCAACAAAAACUGCCAGCAUUUUACACGUACAUGCCCCCUUCCUUUUAAAGGCACAGAUGUUUCAAAUUUGAUUUACAGUGGCACCAAUAAUGUAAUAGAUAAAAUCCUAUUUCUUCAAGGAAUGUUGCCUAGGCUUAUUCUAACUUCCUAGAUUUGGACUAACCCAAGGAACCUGCAUUUUGCUGAUGCUUCAGUGGGUUGCAGUAGAACAGCUGCUGUCUUUAAAGUCAGCAGUGUUUUAAAGUUUGAAGUAAUGUGAACAGAUGCAGCUGUAUCAUUCAGUGUGCUGUUGGGUUAUUGCUAUAACUAAAAAAGUGGAUCCCCUUUCUCACUCUCAUCAAAACUGUUUUGUGCAUAAGGAGCUCCAUUGUUGGUUAUAGCAUUGCUUAUCAAGGUGGAAAGUAGCAGCAAAAAAAUCAUCACUGUUAUUUUGCUGCUCAGAGGCCUGUAAUUCCAUUUGGUUUAACAGAGGGGUUUUUCCUGUCCCCAAACAGAAGGCAAAAAGAAAACCGUGGAGGUAGUUGUACCCUUUUCUAGGUAAGAAAAAGGGAGAUGGAUUUCUAACGUGUCCUGUUUCUGCUCUGGAGGGGAAAGAGAGACUCAUUUAUUGCUAAUCAGGAAUCAUGUAUGGCUAAUCAGAUUUCAAGAAGGAAGCAGAGGACAUAAUCCUGAAGAGACAGAAUGUUAGAUCCUGUGACAAUUCUGUGCCAAAAUAACUGUUUAUUCAGCAUUCUUUUCCCAAAGUUGCCCCUGAUGAAUUCCCAAAAAGGGAGCCAAAUUGGUCUGCAGGUUCCAUAAUAAAAGCUCCUUUGUGCUGUUAACUAGCUUCCAUCCAUAUAUGCCCCAAAUAUGCAGGUUAUUGGUGAAAGUGUCUUCAGAAGUGUGGAAACUCCCUUCUGCCUGCACUCAGUACGAGAGAUGAAAGCAGUUGGUCUUCUAAGCUGUAGUCUUUGCUUCUUAGAUUCACUUCUGUCAGUCUCUCAGCUGUGAAAGUCCCAGUUGACUGGACAGCAGAGGACCUGGGCUGCUGAGCCCUCAAGUACAGCCCCUGCUCUCUGCUGUCUGUGCACCUGAGAUGUGUAGGGGGGACACAUGGAAGUCAUCUGUGUGCUGCCACAGCCCUAGUUCUCACCUCUGUAUGCCAAUGGUUAUAGCUGAGGAAGGCAAGUGCAAAGCCUGUGUAGUGAAUAAGAAACUGGGGUGUAAGUGGCAUGUUCAGAAGGAUGAACUCAUCAGUGUGGUGAGGAGAGAGGAAGGUCCUGUUUUCACCUUUUAGUGCCACAACCUCUGUGCCAUGAACAUGCUUAGUGCUGCUCAGAGGAGGCAUGUUGUCCUCUGCUAGUCAACUAGGUGAACCUGUUUCACUAGAUCUUGAAAGAAUUCUAGAAAGCAUGAGCCCUGCCAACUGCUAAUGGUAUGUUGAUCCCCUGCACUGUUGUCUCCUUUGAGAAAGCUGGUCAACUGUUUGUUCGAGAAGUAGCUCUGCUGAAUGCCUCCAGCAGGAUCUGUGUACCAGGGUCUCCUGGUAAGGACACUAACCUGGACAGUUCAGCUUAACAGUUGCAUUUUAGGAGAGAAAAUGAGGCUGAAAGAACUGAUGACAAAUAGAAGAGCACUGUUGAAUGUUAAACCAGUGAUUUCACCAUCUUCAGGGGAAAAUAGCCAAUGUAAUAGCAAUCUGUGCUGCUGCUGAAGAAAAUUAAUUGAUAUAUGGGGGCUGAUGAGAGGGGACACCAGCAUUUAAGGUCCGGUCACACAGAAGGCUGCCUUUUAAAUAAGUUUUGCAAGAGAAGUUUUCACCUCAAGUGUUUAUUGUGCCUGUCUUGUGAUAGCAAACCAAACAGUCCUUUCCGUUACAGAUGUGCAGCACAGAGUGCUGUGCUCAGCUUCACCUGAGUCCCAGGUGGGUUUCAGACCACAUCAAGGCAGCCAUUCUCAGAUAUCCUAACUGCUGAUGAUGUUCAUAGUAUUUAUAAAUGAAAUGAUAGAAACUGCUCCUGUAAGUAGCCCUUAAGUUGGCUUUUUCAACUUUUGUGUCCUGUGUAACUAAGGAGCCGGAUGAUGGACUAGUCUAAAAUAGUGACCAGUUUUCCUCUGAAAAUCAAGUCCCCUUUCCACCAGAAGCCCCAGCAAAGGGACUGAUACUGUCCCUUGCAUCAGAAGUAUUUUGGUACCAAAGGGGCAUGGUUAGGUGGAGGGCAUGAUAAGAUAUUUCUGGGCAGCGCAAUAUGCAGACUCACUAACUGUGAGUCCUGAUGCAGAAGAUUCUGGUUUCCCACAUCCACUGCUGUAUUCAUGCAUCUCCCAACAAUACAGAAGCCUCUCCCCGUGGCUGAGAAGCUCUCACAAGCAGGAUGUCAGCUAUCAAUUGGCUCUGCACAGUGUUCUGGAAUUCAUUCUGAAUAUAUUUUUGCUUUCUAUGUGGAAAAAGAAAUAAGUAUAAAUCCUCAUUUUAUGCUGUAUUUUGUACCUUAGUUGUGUUUGAAAAUGUUUUGGUUUUUGGAAACAAUCAAAAUAAAACAAUGGCAUCUUUGUAUCCA